AUGCUCAUUGAGACAUUUGAGGAUAUGUUGUUCUACCCUGAAUCGGAUUUUUUGAAAGAGUUUCCAUCACCGGAACAACUCAAGUACCGAAUUAUUAUUUCUACGAAACCUCCUCAGGAGUACCGUAAGGCUCAAACUGCAAACAGAAAGGGAGAUGACUUACAUAAGAGUGAGGAAGAAGACUUAUUGGGGAAGGAACCAUCAGAGCUUAAUACAGAUGAACAUGAAGAAGAUGAUGAUACGAGUGAUAGUGAUUCAAGUGAGGAUAACAAUGGCGGCAAUAUUGGUGGAUUGUCCUCGCCAGGAGCACACGAAUACAAACAUCUAAUUGCUAUCCAUGCCAGAAAACCAAAGGGUGGUUUAAAGGAGGUACUAAAAAUUGAGCUUAACAAAGUUAGACGCCUUAGCUUGAGUGAACAAGCACUUGAAAAGGCUGCUGAAUCUUAUGGAACGGAUAUUGUUAGAUUUACCCAGAAGAACAUUUUAAGGGUUUAUCCAAAAGGUACUCGGUUUAACUCCUCCAACUACAAGCCGCUUAUUGGUUGGAUGCAUGGCGCUCAAAUGGUUGCAUUCAACAUGCAGGGAUAUGGUAGAUCUCUUUGGCUGAUGCAAGGGAUGUUUAGAGCCAAUGGGGGCUGUGGUUAUGUAAAAAAGCCGGAUUUUGUUAUGAAGAAUUUAGAUAAUCAGGUUUUUGAUCCUAAGGCAAACUUGCCGGUAAAGAAGACUUUAAAGGUGAAAGUGUAUAUGGGAGAUGGAUGGCAUUUGGAUUUCAAACACACACACUUUGAUUUAUAUUCCCCUCCCGAUUUCUAUACUAGGGUUGGCAUAGCAGGAGUGCCUGCAGAUGAAAUAAUGAAACAAACCAAGAAAAAAGAGGACAUUUGGACACCUUCAUGGGAGGAAGAGUUUACAUUUCAACUGAAAGUCCCUGAGUUGGCUUUGCUUCGAGUUGAGGUUCAUGAGCAUGACCUUUCUGAGAAGGAUGACUUUGGUGGCCAAACUUGUUUCCCAAUCUCUGAAUUGGAACAAGGGAUUCGUGCAGUCCCUCUCUUUGACCGUAAAGGGAACAAAUACAACUCAAUAAGGCUUCUAAUGCGAUUUCAGUUCAUCUGA